AUGAGCUACGACCAGCAGUACUCUGCUCUGCUUUCACAGCAAACGGCUGUGCAGAAAAUCAUCAUUGACCUACAGGCUACACUAACCCGGACAGAUCUCGAUCUGGACGAGCGAAGUCAAACAGAAGCCAUGCUGCAGAACGCCAUCGCUCUGCUCAACUCCUACAUUGGUUCUAUCUCUUCUCUCCAUACAGAGGUGCAGAAUCAAAUAUCUAGCCCGACUCAAGGAUCAGUGGGGAUUGCAAAUCCCUCCCAGUGUACAUUCAGUGAAAGUGACCCAACUCUAAUGGGGACUGGGAGUGGCAUGCACCAGACCCGUACGGGGUCUCUUGUAGCAAAGAAGGUGGAUGGGGAGCAUAGAUCCCCAGAUAUCCUCAGUAAAAACUAUUUGUGCGGCCAGACAACAGUCAGCUGCGCACAGCUGCCGACAUACGUGCAAUCCAAUAACGCAACCCCUCAGCUUGCCCAUUCUCAGUCAACAAAGACAGCAUUUCUGGACCGGCCCAAUAGCGAGCUCACUAACAUCAUCGUUGGCAAUCCGCACCUCCAGCACGUUCCUUCAAGAGAGACUGAGAGCGUCUCUUAUUCUAGCUCUUUACCCUCUUUUGUGGCCACUCGGGUGUCUCCGCAUUAUGCCCCUAGAGAGCUGGUUCCACGGCACAUUUCGAAUUCCCUUCCCGAAGAGUCUUUGUCCGCAGGAUCCAUGCAAUUAAUAUACAGUAUCCCAAAGACGUACAAGUACGUCAAAUCGGUUCCUAAGUAUUACAGCACAACGGGCCAGUCUAUGUGUCGCAAAGCCGUUGCCAAGGCAACCAACGACGACACGCCCAAGUGGAAGCACGUACGUAAGAUCUCUUGUGAAGUGUGGCACCACCCAGAUAUGGUCCAGAUCGCCAUCCAUGAGAUGACUGCGAACAUAUACUCCCAAAUAUCGAACAAGGAGUUCUCCAAACUGGAGAUCUCUACUCUACUCCGGGCAUACAACUCCCUCGCUGUGCUUUUACGCUUCUUGCAACUCUUACCACAAGGCAUUAACAAUAAGAUAGUUGAUAGUAUGCUUUCCGACAUGCUGCACUUGAUCACAGAGUCCACCAACCGCAUGCGCGCAGGUCCUGGGCACAAAAGAGACAUUACGAACGCGAUAUCGUAUGACUUUCAGGCCAUGCUUCACCUCAUCAUUGCGUACAUGUUCGUUCUGCAGUACCAAUAUGUUACCUCUACCCUCAGCUUCUCUCGGCAGAUGGAUACUCUACUCAUAACGGAUGUCUUCCUCAAGCGAUACCUUUGUCUCGGAGAUUGCCUUGUGGUGACACUCAGCAGGCUCAUUCAUAGCCGGAGGGUGACUCGAGGCGUGUUCUCUCAGUCGUGUAUCCUGGCAAUCUUCAGAUUGGCAACAAUAUACGUGUCAUCUAUGGCACCUAUAUACACGUUUCUAGGCGAGCAGAACACUCCAGAUGCUGAUAUCAAGCGCGUAGAGCUGGAGGACUUAUAUACAAGGUUGUGUAACAAUUGGGAGGCAGCGUACGAUUGCAAAUCCGAUAGUGCAGACGGAGACUUGCUUGAUAACGUGAAGCCCACGAUACCAGAGACAAUUGGUGGUGUUGACUGGGCUGUAGAGAUAGAGACUGAUAUCUUCUAUGAGCGUGAUAACGACGAAACUAGCGAUUAG